AUGGUCGUUCGCGUGCGAGAACUCGGAUCGAAUCAUUUUUGCGUCGACCAAACCGACCCGCGCGCGGUGCGCAUCGCGAAAUCCCUCCCGUGGUACGGCCCGAAGUACUCCCCGCACGAUGUGCCGUCGUUUUACGACGUCUCCGGGAUCACGGAGAACCCGGAGGCGUUCAGGGAGGUGAUCGAAGUGUUCGUCGAGCGGUACCGGGCGCAGGGCGCGGACGGACCGACGCACGUGGCGGGAUUCGACGCGCGCGGAUUCUUGUUCGGACCAUCGAUCGCUAUGGCGCUGAACAUUCCGUUCGUGAUGAUACGCAAGGCUGGAAAGCUGCCGGGGGUGUUGGUGUCGAGCGGGAAGUACGUCACGGAGUAUUCGACGGAUGAGACGGUGAUGCGGCUCGGAAGCGUGCGCGAAGGGGAUCGCGUGGUGUUGAUCGACGAUUUGAUCGCCACGGGUGGGACCGCGAUCGCUGGAUUUAACUUGGUGGAUCAACUCGGGGCGAAGGUGCACGAAUUCGCGGCCAUGGUGAGCUUGCCGUUUCUGGACGGGGUGAAGAAGAUUCACGAGUACGCCGACGGUAAAUUCGCCGACGUGCCGUGCUUCACCGUCGUCGACGACUCCACGAUCGGGGCGGACAUGGGUCGCGAUCCACCGGAAGGAACGCCCCGGAUCGUUCCCGCGAGCGAUGCCGCGAGAGUGCUCGCCGAGAUCGACGCCGCGCGCUCCGCGUGA